UUUCAAAGAUCUUACUUGUUCAACAAUUAGAGUGGAAGACAUGAAUAGGCUUAUCGAAGAAAUUCCUGUAAUAUUAUGCAAGUUGGAGCGUAUAUUCCCUUCAGCUUUCUUUGACUCAAUGGAACAUCUUCCAAUUCACUUACCAUAUGAAGCAAAGAUACCAGGGCCAGUGCAAUAUCGUUGGAUGUACCCAUUUGAGAGGUUCUUGCGUCAUUUAAAGAAGAAAGUAACUAACAAAGCCAAGGUUGAAGGUUCAAUUUGUAAUGCGUACUUAGUUGAAGAAGCAUCAACUUUUUGUUCAUAUUAUUUUGAGCCUCAUGUGAACACAAAGUUAAGAAAAGUACCUCGUAAUGAUGAUGGAGGAAAGGUUGAAACAUCUGAAGGUCUUUUAUCAAUAUUUAGUUUUCCUGGUCGACCAUAUGGGCAAGCAAAAUCAAGACGUUUGACUGAUAAAGAAUACCAUCAAGCUCAAACUUAUGUCUUACUAAAUUGUGAUGGGGUUCAACAAUAUGUCAAGAUAUUUGUGGAAGAGGUGGUGGAAAAUACACCUAAUAUAACUGAUACACAAGUUGAUGAUAAAUUGGAAAAUGAAUUUGCUAACUGGUUUAAGAUUUAUGCAUGGGAUCCUAAUAAUAAUGUGACAAAUCAAAUGAUGAAGGAUCUGCAAAUGGGCCUUUAAAAGUUGUGAUGACUUAUCCACUGUAUUUCAUCAAAGGGUAUAAAUUCCAUACAACUGAGCAUGGUGCAAGAAGAAUGACAAUAAAUAGUGGAGUUUGUGUGAAGGGUUCCAAUUACAGUGCAACAUCAUAUGAUUAUUAUGGUCUUUUGAGGGAGAUUAUACAAUUAGAGUAUCCUGCACUCCCAAUAAAAAGGACUACAUUGUUCAAGUGUGAUUGGUUUGAUCCAACUCUAAAUGUUGGGAUGAAGAUACAUAAGGAUUACAAUCUUAUAUGGCUAGAGGUAAAGAAAGGACUAGAUUAAGAGGUGGAAGGAGUGGAGGCCGCACUUCUCAUGCUCAUUCAAACAUUGAAGGAUCAAGCAAUGCUGAUAGUGUACCAUUUUCAAAUGCCACUAUUCUAAGUGUUGAGGAAACAAUGAAUGGUAUUGGAUCUCAACAACCCAAUCAAAAUGUUGUAGCUAUUAGUGAUACUCAAGCAAACUAUGGAAGUACACAAGAUGCUUCAACUAUUGUUGGGAGGUUACGUAUCACAGUUGUAAAUGGAUUGUUAGAGCCAUCUAGCAAAUGUGCAAGGAU